AUGAAGCUUACCACUCUUUGGAUGCUAUUGACUGGUGCUCUAGCGAGCCCGGUGAACAUCACUCAACCCGUUUCGGCUCUUUCUUAUGGCAAACAAGGCGAUAGAGAUUAUCAAGAGCUUCACAAGUAUGCCCAUCUUUCGGCUGUGGCUUAUUGUCUCAAAAAGGGAGUUCAUCCUGGUGUUUUGGGUGAACAGAAGGAAGCUUGUCCUUCCCAUUCAUGCAGUUACCCCAGUAUCAAACACAUGAAAAUCUAUAAGGUGUUUAAUUUCACUGACUGGUUAGUGGUGGGCUCCGGUUUUAUUGCUUUAGAGCCAGAGUCAGAGAGAAUUUAUGUUGUUUUCCGGGGAACUUCAUCUACCCAAGACUGGAUCAGUAACUUUGAGUUUAUCCAUUCCAAGUAUGAACCCUUGGUUCAUGCUCAAGAGGACGACUUUGAUGUUGAAUCGGAGGAGUACUGUGAAGGCUGUACUAUUCAUAAAGGUUUCAACACCUUUAUCAGAUCAAAUGCUGAAGAAAUCGUGAAUGAGGUGGUCAAGUUGAAGGAGAAACUUCCCCACUACUCAGUCGUCGUCACUGGCCACUCUUUGGGUGCUGCUCUCGCAACACUCACUGGAGUUGAAUUUAGAUUGUUGGGCUAUGACACUUUGGUGGUCACUUUGGGUGGUCCUAAGGUUGGAAACAGUAACUUUGUGGACUUUGUCGAUACUCUUUUCGACACUGAGUACGCAGAAAGGCACAUCAGAAAGUACCAUUCUUUCGAUACGCUUCUGAGUGGUCUUAUCAGAGCGACUCAUAUUCAUGAUCUUAUUCCCAUGUUACCGCCAACGUCCCACUAUAAACAAUGUGGGUACCAGUACUACCUUAGCGCCAAAGGUCCUCAACAGUCGCCAGGGACUAUGAUCAGAAGAGGUACAGAUUAUGUUGAGGACGACCAGUUGCUUGACUAUCAGUCAAUGUUGCCCAGCUCAUUUAGUCGUGGAGACCAUGUCAACUACUUCUUUAAGAUCACAGGAUGUGUUGAUCUAUAG